CCCACCCCAAAGCCCGUUCGCCGUCGACGCUGUCGUCGCCGCCGCUGCUACCGCCACCGCUGCCGCUCUAUCUGUCUGUCUGUCUGUCUCUCUCUCUCUCUUUCUCUCUCUCGCUUUUUCCGACCCCGAGUCGAUUCUACUCUCUCUUUCUCUUACCAUCCCUUCUCGCUAACCCGUGUACCUGACGCUACAUAUAGAUACUGGUUAGAACGAGAGACUGCGGCCAGUCCAGUGGAGGAGCACCUACGCAGCCGCUCGAAAGGACGGAAGGCAGGACAGGGAUCUGAGUCCAGGGGCACUGCAGAGUCAUGGACAAUAUCAAUGUGCAAAUGCUCGGCAUUAAAGUAACAGCGAUCAAGGCAUACUUAUAUAACUUUGCCAGAACACAUUCACCCACCAGACUCAUGGGCUCCGAAAACACAUAUUCGCUCUCCAAAGAGCACUGCAACCUCAAGUAUUCGGAUAUCCUGCCGCAAAAUGCAGAGGGAUUCCCGGCCACCAAAGAGUUCCUCAUGAAGGUAGUCGACAUACUCGUCGACUACAUUAAGAAUCAGAACGACCGAAACUCGAAGGUGCUCGAGUUUCACCAUCCUGACGAGAUGGUGCGACUGUUGGACCUCGAGAUCCCGGACACCGGCGUAACAUUGCAGCAGCUGCUCGUCGACUGCUCGACGACACUCAAGUAUCAAGUAAAGACAGGUCAUCCGCACUUCUUCAAUCAGCUAUCGUGCGGCCUGGACCUGGUCUCCAUGGCUGGCGAAUGGCUCACUGCUACGGCCAAUACCAAUAUGUUCACCUACGAGAUUGCGCCCGUGUUCAUCUUAAUGGAACACGUGGUGCUGCACAAGAUGCGCGAGAUUAUCGGCUGGCCCAAUGGCAUGGGCGACUCGAUUCUCGCUCCGGGCGGAUCGAUCAGCAACCUCUACGCUUUCCUGGCCGCUCGCCACAAGAUGUUCCCAGAGUACAAGGAGCGGGGCCUGGCAGCCAUUGGUGGACAGCUCUGCAUGUUUACAUCCGACCAGUGUCACUACUCGGUCAAGUCGUGCGCCUCGGUGUGCGGCUUGGGCACCGACAACUGCGUGAUGGUGCCGAGCGACGAGCGUGGACGUAUGAUUCCACAGCGCCUGGAGGAGCUGAUUUUGGAGCGCAAGGCCAAGGGACACAUACCGUUCUUCGUGAACGCCACUGCGGGCACCACGGUCAUCGGUGCCUUCGAUCCCAUUUCGGAAAUUGCCGAUAUCUGCCAGAAAUACAACUGCUGGCUGCACAUCGACGCAGCUUGGGGUGGUGGACUGCUACUGUCUAAGAAAUACCGACACCCAAGAUUGACUGGCAUAGAACGGGCUGACUCUGUAACCUGGAAUCCUCACAAGCUGAUGGGUGCUCUCCUGCAGUGCUCGACCAUCCACUUCAAGGAAGACGGUCUGCUGAUUAGCUGCAAUCAAAUGUCAGCCGAGUACCUAUUCAUGACGGACAAGCUUUAUGACGUUAAGUACGAUACGGGAGACAAAGUUAUUCAAUGCGGACGGCAUAACGACAUUUUCAAACUUUGGCUUCAGUGGCGCGCAAAGGGAAACGAAGGCUUCGAGCAGCACAUGGACCGGCUGAUGGAGUUGAAUCAGUACAUGGUGCGCAGGAUCAAACAGAUGCCCGACAGAUUCCACUUGAUCCUCGAGCCCGAGCUGGUCAACUGCUGCUUCUGGUACCUGCCGACGCGACUGCGCAACAAGCCCCACACGCCCGAGAAGGAGAACGCGCUGGGCCAGAUCUGCCCGAUUCUCAAAGGACGAAUGAUGGAAGCCGGCACUCUGAUGGUGGGCUAUCAGCCGGACGAUCGAAGACCCAAUUUCUUCAGGAACAUUAUAUCAAGCGCGGCAGUCACAGAGGCCGACAUUGACUUCUUGCUCGCGGAAAUGGAUCGGCUGGGCCAUGAUCUUUAAAUCCCGUAAUCCUAUCGCAUUAAGAGCAGCUGGCGACUGAAGGUAUAUCGCGACCUUUCACUUAUUCGCUGUCCUAUUUUUUUUCACUUCUGUUUCGACGCCCCUCGCGACACUGUCGCUCGAUCUUCCGUUCCUCUCAGAUUGUCUUAUUCAUAUUGGUGCUUCCUUCGCGAUUUAUUGAACAAUCGAUAUUGUCUUCACUCUUUGAGAUUGCCACGUGAUAUAAUGUACAAAGUCCCAUAGAGCCGUACUUGCAUUCCAGUUAUCCAUUCCACCGUGGACUCGCGUAUAUGAAAAUCAGGAAUAUUAUAUGAUGUUAUCAAUUAGCUCGAUUUAUAAGAAUUUAUUGCAUUAGUUAACAGAUUUUAUAAGUAACUCUCAAAGUAUUAUUCUAAUCUUUCAGUGCUCGUAGAUUUAUCUCAACGGCUCACUUUCCUACUUGAUUAAACAAAUUUUUAAUUAUUUAUAACAACCAUUUUUUGUGGCUAAUAUACAAAGCAAAAUAAUAUAAAUGUUGUAUAUGAGUUGAAAAUUUAUGAUAAAGUUAAUGCCAGAUAUUUAGAAAAAUGUAGAAAACUAUCAAAGAAAGUACGAAGAGUAUACAUAGGCAAUGAUAAUCUACAGUUUAAGCCGGCAUGAGACUGUAGUAUUGUUAUAAAAAGUUCAGAAACAACGUAAAAGACCUGGCCAUGAUAAAGUUUAAUGUCAAUGAAACAAAAAUUCAUAGUCUUAAGAUUAACUAAAUGUAAGCAAAAGAGCAUAGCAAAUCUAUGUAAUAUCGUCAGAAAUGAAGAAAGAAGCUAUAAUAUGAUGAUCUGGCCGUGAACCAGCAAGUUUUGGUUUAUGAAAUAUUGUGACGUGCACGGAUUAAUGAAAAUAUCACACGGUGCAGGCGAACCGUUUUUGUUACAAAUGUCUGCAGCGCAGAUCACUAUAUUUUAUUAUUUAAAACGAUUCCGAUGUUAUAAAGUAUAAAUAUGCAGAUGUCUGUACAAAGAUAUGUUUUUUUCAUACAGAUUAUAUUUUUCACGACAUAUUUUUCAAUGAGGAUUUUGCCUAAAAAAUUCAAAUUGCGUUCAGAGUUUUUUAAUCGAUAGCUCGUACGAGAUUUUUCAUAGUGUAACGAUAAGAUAUAAAACUGGGAAUACGGACAUAUUAAAAUCUUUCAUGUAACCAAAACCUGUUCAGAGGCUGCAGCGAAUUGUUCGAGGUGCAAUGAAACUGUUCAUAUUUCGUUCAUUCACUUCACACGAAUAAUUUUAAAGGAGUAACUUCAUCGAACAUACGAUUUUAAAAAGAAGAUUGAUUGUUAUCAAGAAUGGUACUAUAAUUGGUUAAUUUACGAAUUAGUUGUUGGGUUUUAAGAAUAGUUAAUUAAUUGCUUCUUUGAACAUUUCUGCCAAUGCCAAUACAAGUAAUAUUUUAGAUUUAACUUCGUAAAACAUGUAAAACUGUAAAGAUUUAUUUUUUAUUCCGCUGUUGAACAGCUUAAUAUUCAUAGAUCCUCUGUUAUUGUAAUCUAAUCAUUGAAUUAAAAUAAAUAUGUAUCAGUCAACGCGAAUAUACUUAUACAUAUAUACACAUAUACAAAUAUACAUAUAUUUAGAGCAGAGAUUGAACAAAAGAAAAAAAACAAACCCAUGAAAGUACGUGCUUUUAUUGACAAAACUCUCGCAGACUCUUGGCCUGUAUCACACAAUUGCAAACUAAACAAUGAAAACUUUCUAUCUAUCUACAAGGUUGUUCUAUUAUAAACAAUAAUUAAUUGUUUAUAAAAAGAAGACAGCAUGUAGGUUAUCGAGGUAAUAGAAUCAGUUUUAUUCGCUGCAUAAUCAUUUUUCUUCAUCGCAAAUUUGUGACCAAGCCGAGCCUUUACGUGAGAAUUAUUUGCAUGCGUGAACAUGUAAAACUCCUUUCUGUGUAAGUGUGCCACAGCCCUGAAGAAAAAUGGAAGCAAGCUGUCGGAUCGCCCGCCAUUAUUGCGUAGAUUAAAUUGUUGCUCAUGAAAUAACACAAUAAUAUCUUCAUUGAUGGAAGAGUUCAAGCAUGUUUGAACGAUUUUUGUUAAAUACGAGUAAGCUUGAUUUUCCAGACUUAGCCAAUCUAUUAAAAUAUGUUUAAACAGUUAUUUUACGCGCAAAGUAAUGAUUCACAAAACCGUAUGUAACAAGCAUUUCAAUCACGUCUAUAUAGACAAAAUAAUAAUAAAGAGAGAAAAAAUCAGAGUAAAUGUAAUUCUGCGUACAUGGAUGGCUGUUACUAUCACAGAGACAUCGACAAUAAUUGUUGUCAAGUUGUUAGAGUAAACUUUUUGUUUGAGAGAGGUGAUUGCAUGACUAUACAUUCUAGUCGAGCUCCCGAAGAAAUGGUUAACUUCUAGUCUGCAAAUUAACACUAUUUUACUUGCGCGAACAGUUUGGAAAGAAUUGGAUAUUGAUUUUAUGUAAAAUAAAUAAAAUGCAAAAUAUUUGUCAGAUAAAUUUAUCAAUUAUCUACAGAUGAUUUGAAUAGACAGGACUUAACAUAAAAUUGUAAAAGCCAUCAAUUUUUUCCGAAAUCCACUUGAAGUCGAUUGUUUUAAAGUCACGGCCAAAUACUCAAAUUAUGAUAAUGUUAUCUCAUAAAUGUACAUAAAUGCUAACGCCGUUGAAGUUGCCUUAGGCAGUUUUUAAGAAACCAGAUAAUAACGUCAGUCCAGUAACAUAUAGUAAAUGGCGUGAGAGAAGUCGAAAAAUAACUAUAUGAAAAAUGUCACAACGCAAUCAUCAAUGUAAAGAAUUAUAAUAUGCCUGUAAGCAAAACCAAUGUUAUCCCAACUACAUAUGUAUUUUUCAAAGUUUGAACUUUGGUGAACCUGUUCAACUGUGUUAUUCUCUGAAUAUGAUGUUCAUUGUUUGCAAAAUUCAAAAAAAAAAUAAAAAUCACAAAAAAAGUUGUAGAAAUUUACAUUACUAUCUCUGUUAUAAUUAUAAUGAACCUUCAAAAUUGCAAUGAAAGCUGUAAAACCCUUUGAAACAAUGUUCAUUUAACAACGGCUAUCUAACUAUAAAAGAAAAAUUAUAUGAGCAAGUCAAUCUACUGUAUAAAGUAUGCGUACAACAAAAAAAGAGCAUAAAUAUUUUUAUUAGCAGUGAGCAAUUUUUUUUAAUAAUAAUCACUUGUACGAUAUCAUAAUUAACAAUGAGAAUUUUAAUCUUGUUAUAUUCGCGAUUCCGCAGGCAUUGAAUCGUCAAUCUUCCACUGUGCUUUAUCAAAACGAAUUUAGUAAAUUGCAAAAUUUACUUUUCAGUAAGACAUGUAGCAAAGCAAAAACACUAUGUAUUUUUAAUAAAUAUUACCAACAUGAGUUUAUUUCUGUUAUGAUCUGAUGCAAAUUGUUUUAUAUGCACUUAUCUGUGAUAGACUUCUGACAUGCGUUGAUUGGGUAGAUAACUCUACAAGUAACUUUGUUCACGUAAUUAUGAAUUGUCAAUUCUACAUUUUAAAAAGCAUACAUUGUAAAUAUUUCGUAGUGAAAAGCAACCUUGAUGUAUAAUACAAGGAACAUAACGUAGUAUUUAUAAAUUUAUGCAAAUUUAUUGUUUCGUUACUCAAGUUCUUGAAUGGGACAAUGAAAGAAGUAUAAGAAGCUCAUGGCUUUAAUUGAAAGAGAAAACAGAAAAAAAUAUAAUUCAGAUCGUUUUGUUGAUCUUAAUCUAUUGUUGUUUAUUACACAUGUUUAAUUAUACGAAUUGUAAGAUAAAAAGUAAUUUUAAGAAAAUAAAUACAACAACAAAAUCAAACGUCUUCCAAAAGGACAAACGUAGGAAAAAUAUUAAAAUAAAUACGCGUGUAUGUAUAUUUUAUCUGAAAUUUUUGUUUAAUGGCUUGAUAUAGUUCUGCUUUCAAAUUUGGUUUUAUGUGUAAAAAAAGAGAUAAUUAAUUAGUAAAAAGCUUUGUCUUCUGCGACAGUGAUGAGCUAGAAAACUUGAAUGCUCUUCAAAAAGUAAGCUUGCGAACCACACAGUCUUACCUACACAAACUUACUCAUUCCUGAUUAAUUACCUUGUGUAUAUCAAUGUCUAAUACAAUAAAACACUG